AUGUGUCGCGUCCCUGGCGGCGGGCGGCGCGUGCUGAUUGGCAGAGGCGAACUGCCCACCAUCCGCCCUCAUCUCUAUCAAGCAGCUCUUUCAUCCAAACAACCAUCCCAGGCUGGAGACUGGCGCCUACACGCUACCAAACGUGUUUUUGCCAGCCAAUGCCCUGACGCUGUCCCUCGUCAACACGGACGCGAUGAAACUUCCCUAGAGGAGGUCGCGGUCCACGAUGGUCUGCACCAGUCGAAGACGGCCCAGGUUCACCUGCGGCCUGGAAGCUUGGCUGUAGAGCUCGACCAAGCUCCAAUCGGAGACUUCGAUGAUGGUCUUCUUGAAGCACGAUGCCAAACAGAUUCAAACAUGAUGUCUCAUCCCAGAUCUAAAAAUGUUUUUAUUUUUGGCUGGCUAGGGAUUUGGUGGAUCCAGCAAGGAUUCAUGAACCUGACCAUAAACACUCAGAUUGCCAGCCUUCGCCCUCCAGAGGCUCCCAAAUUUCCUUUCUCUUCGCCGAUAACUGAAGAAGUCGAGAGUCCAACGUGCUCGUCUGAGGAAAGCAGCUUGGAAAACGCAAAUACCUCUGCCAGUCAAGCACCCCGAGUUGGUGCCCCGGCCAAGCACAUGGCGUCUGUCCAAUCCAAUUCCCAGGAUGAAUUCGAGCGAGCAUUAUAUGCGGAUCUCUCACAAGCCAGACAGGAGGCACGCAGAUCGAUCGGUGGCAAGCCGGGAAGGGCGAAGUCAAGACGCAGUGGCAUCAUGAAGAGAAGAGAGCGUCCUACGAAUCUCCAUGUGGUGACGAAUUUCUCUCGCAAUGAGUACAGGAAGAAAAAUGACGCAGCCGCGCCUGCUUUCGUGGAUCUCAACGAUUUAAAGUUGUUGGCUAAAGCUCGUGAGAAGGAGAGAUCUGCGGAGAAGAUCAAACGAGCGCUGCGGAAGAAGGCAGGCCACGGAUACCAAGAAUUGAUCGAUGAGCCUGUCGACCAGUCGAAACCACAAAACUCUGUGGAACAUGCCGCCUCUGCGCCUCCGCCAUUGCAGCAUACACCUUCUGAGAAGUAUGAGCUAUCCCCUUCCGAUAGACCCAUCGUCAUCGGUCUCACAGUGCCAUAUGAUGAGACCUCGCAGCGGAAAGAGAUGAUGGACAGCGCCACUUCGCGAGAACUUGGCAGUGCACACACUCAGCCCACGCCAGUUACGCCUUCCAUAGUAAUAACACCGGCGAGAGAGGAUGGACCGUGGGCCUUUGAUAGCCCAGAACUUGAACGUCGUCCAUCGCGUGCAGCGUCCAGCGUAUAUUCUCAACCAACGCCUCAUGUAGGCUCCAAGGAUCCGGACCAAGACAUUCCACCUGUCCCUGCCAUCCCAGCAUUUCAUUCAUUUGCGAAAAGCGACGGCGCGGAGCAGGUUUUCUCUAAACAAGAGACUCCACCAACGCGACAACAACGCUCGUUCUCGACCAGCACCGUCUUUGAAGAAGACGAAACCCCAAAGUCAGCUGCGCGAGGACGAUCAUUUUCAAACGAGAGCAAGAGACGAAUUAUCCCGCGUCUGAGCGUCAACACGGAAACGAACCGGCAUCAAUCGCAAGGAUGGUGGACGUAUCUCCUGUCGCCCUUGUUGAAGCGUUCUAGCACAGUUGCCAGCCGAAAGACCCCUAUCAGCACCGAACGGCCAGCAGUUCCUCCGCUCUCUACAACAUCUCCCGCAUCCAAGGAAUCGUGCGAUGAGUGGUGGGAAGAGAAAGAGAUAUCUCAUUUCUUGCCAGAUACGCCGGAAAGCACCGUCAACAGGCAGAAUGAGGUCGCGCCAUGGCCAGACCUUGGACAACGUGCUGUCGUUGAUCCGGGAACUCAGAAUAGCACGUAUUGGAAUGUCUUCGAAACGCCUAAUGUGGUCGUUCCGAAUUAUGAGCUUCACGGUGCAGCCGCUGAAUACUAUCAGGCCUGUGCACAUGAUUUAUUCAGCAAGGAACCGUAUUUCGAAUGCAUUAACCAUGUUUGCUCAAUGACCCCCGAAAGUCGCAUAGCUCGCUCUACUAACCUGGAGGGAACUGCAGCUGAGAGUAACGAGAAGGGGCUGGCAGAGAACGAGAACGGGCAUGGCGAGAAAGGGUUGGCUUUGACAACGGAUCCUGACCCUGGAUCUGAUACGGGCAACUCCAAUCCCAACAAUCCGUUCUUCCAGGAGGCAGAGAGGUCUGUUCCAGACGCUGAAAACACGGAAUCUACUACAGCUGAGAGACAGCCGGAAGCACGAAGCGUCGUUGAACAACCUGCGGCGUCUAGUGCCGGAGAGGAGUCUUCUAGGCCGGCUGCGACUGCUCCAGAAAGUACUACUGCACACGCGAAUGAGGCUGAGAAUUCAAAUCAGGCCGUGGAAGAGUCAAACCCGCCUGCUACGAUGCCUGCACAGCAAGAGCGCCGUGUUUCUACGCCUGCACCCCCUCCAUACUCGGCUCAGCCGGACAGACCAGUGCCCCGGUAUAGAGCGAUCUUACCUCCAGAUUAUGCAGCGCAGCCACAGCCACUCUCGCCCGGGCCCGAAUCUCCGGCGAUGCAGCAAGCCAUGGCGAGCAGGGGAUCCAUUCCCAUGUCAGAGAUGCAGCGUUCCCAAGAGCCAUCCCGGGCACGCAUCUUCAUCCAUCAUUCCCUUGACCUUCCUCCACGUCCGGCUCCAGUGCCGAUCAUGAGAGCCGACAUAACACAUCCCGUCACGGCACGAGACGAGAUCGAGAAUCGGCGACGAAGGAGGGAAAAGGAGGAUGCUAUUGGCAGGAAGAUCGGCGGUCUCUGGCGUGGUCGGGGACCUUUUAGCAAUAAGGGAUGCUUUGGGCGACCAGGCCGCGAGGGGCGAAUAAGAAGGCGAUGGUAUGCGGCUAUCAGUAUCCUCUGCCUUGCCAUCAUUGUGAUCGCGAUAGCCCUGGCAACAACCCUUACAAGAAAGGGCGAUGCGACGCCGGUGCAGUCUCAGUGGUUGAAUCUGACGGGAUAUCCGCCGAUGCCAACGGGGAUCCUGACCAUCGCCGGACCAGAAGCUCAGGUUGAAAACAAUGGCUGCAUCCAGCCAUCGACUUUAUGGAGCUGCGCGCUGCCAAAGGAGCAACAGUCGGCAAACUCGCCCUACGCUGCGAACCAGCCGAACUUCAGGAUUCAGAUCCGAUUCCGGAACGGCACAUAUCCCAACAGCACGACCAUUGCGUCGAGCAAACGCUCAGCAGGAGAAUUCAUCAACCGCCGGGUCCUGCAGCCAAGGGAUCCGUUUACGGACUCUCUUUUCGACCCUUCGCCUUCGCCUCCCAGUCUCGCCGAUCAGACGUUCCUGGGGAACACAACCGACAAGAAUGCCGUGCCAUUCGCGGGGGAAGAAACCCCGUUCUUUAUCACGGUUCUAUCUCCUGAAGAAGUCCCUUCGUAUCGGCUUGUCAAACGCGACAGUAAUAAUAAUAAUAAUGAAACCGACUUUCCGAACGUGACGUCGAUUAUCCCCGAACCGAGCCUCGCAUCUGACGGGACGGCUGCUGCUGCGACCCUCUACCCGCUGCCUGUCUCGCAGCCCGUGCGUCUGUACAACCGCGGCCUGCCAACAGAGCACUACGGGUUCUAUACGUACUUCGACCGAUCCAUCUUCCUCAAGUCGACUGCUCCGCUGAACGACAGCGGAACGGACGACGUCACUGCGGACCAAAACGGCGGCUCGCCGAAGGACGAGGCGCAGAUCUGGACGCAGCCGUCCAAUGUGUCUGGGAUGACGUUGCUUAGCAAUGGCAACAAUAACAACGCUGGGAGCGCUACCCCGACAUCAUCCGCAUUACUCCCAACAGCGACAGCGACCGGGAACGCCACGAACUCCUCAGCAAACGACUUCCUCCGCCCCGGCUCCUUCCCCUACCCAACGACCAUCAAACUGGACCGCCACGGCGGCGACGCAUCCAAGAAGAUGGUCUACUGCUACGGAAUGGACGGCAACGAGCACAUCAUCCCGAGCGAGAAGAAGCUGCAGCUGGAGAACAGGGGGUUCGGGGGCGAGCUCGUCAAUCCCGCGCCGGGGAUUUUUGAUGAUUUGGGCAGCAGCAAUAAUAAUUCCUCUCAGGAAGAGGAAGAGGAGGAAGGGGGGAUUGAUGGUGGAACAGGAGGAUGUGCGUACAAGAAAGAGUACAUGUGCUUAUUUCCUGUUAUAUAUUCCCAUUUUCUGUGGUCUGUGUUCAUUGUUUUGGUAGGCAGGCAGGUAGUUACCUACUACAAAUGCUAUGCUAUGCUAUAA